GAGGGAAUAUAUGAUGUCAUUAAGCCCGUCCUACUGUGAAACUCAGAUGUUCUUUAGUUCCUAACCACCGGAUGUAUCUUUGACUUUGGAGAAGGAAUGCUGGAAUCGUAACUUCUUGACAAUUGGGUUUUAAGACAGCAUAUCACAUUCCCUGCCAGCACACCAUGGCUGGCUUCAGGCAAGAGGAUGUGGAAGUGUUCUAUGACAUGGGAGAGGAGCUGGGGAGCGGGCAGUUUGCCAUUGUACGCAAGUGUAAAGAGAAGAGCACCGGCGGCGAGUACGCCGCCAAGUUCAUCAAGAAGCGCCGCCUGUCGUCCAGCCGGCGCGGGGUGAGCCGCGAGGAGAUCGAGCGGGAGGUCAACAUCCUGCGCGAGAUCCAGCACAGCAACAUCAUCACGCUGCACGACAUCUUCGAGAACAAGACGGACGUGAUCCUGAUCCUGGAGCUGGUGUCCGGGGGAGAGCUCUUUGACUUCCUGGCAGAGAAGGAGUCGCUGACCGAGGAGGAGGCCACGCAGUUCCUUAAGCAGAUCCUGGACGGCGUUCAGUACCUGCACUCCAAACGCAUCGCCCACUUUGACCUGAAGCCGGAAAACAUCAUGCUGUUGGACAAGAAUGUCCCCAACCCCAGAAUCAAGUUGAUUGACUUUGGGAUCGCUCAUCAGAUCAAAGCCGGAAACGAGUUCAAGAACAUCUUUGGGACUCCGGAGUUUGUUGCUCCAGAAAUAGUCAACUAUGAGCCUCUAGGACUUGAAGCAGACAUGUGGAGCAUUGGAGUCAUCACAUACAUUCUACUGAGUGGUGCAUCACCUUUCCUUGGGGAGACCAAACAGGAGACCCUGACCAACAUCUCAGCCGUCAACUAUGACUUUGAUGAGGAGUACUUCAGCAGCACCAGUGAGCUGGCCAAAGACUUCAUCCGUCGUCUUCUGGUGAAGGACCCCAAGAAAAGAUUGACAAUCGAUGACAGUCUCCAGCAUCCCUGGAUCAAGGUGAUCAAGAGGAGGAACGUGCGCCAAGAGGAGAGCGGCCGCAAGCCCGAGCGCCGGCGGCUGAAGACUACGCGGCUCAAGGAGUACACCAUCAAGUCCCACUCCAGCAUGCCGCCCAACAACACCUACGUCAACUUCGAGCGCUUCUCCCAGGUGCUGGAGGAGAUUGCGGCGGCCGAGGAGGGCCUGCGGGACCUGGAGCACAACCAGCGCUCCUGCCGGGAGGACGUGGCGGCGCUGCUGUCCAUCUACGAGGAGAAGGAAGGCUGGUACAAGGAGGAGAACCAGAGCAUCGCCAGCGACCUGAGCCACAUCCGCCUGGAGCUGCAGCACACCCAGGCCCAGCGCAGGCAGAGCCAGGAGGAGGCCCGUACAACCACCCUGGCAGCCAACGCCCUCAAGCGCAAACUGGGGCGUCUGGAGAACCGCUACGAGGCGCUGGCGGAGCAGGUGGCGUCGGAGGUGCGCUGGGUGGAGGAGCUCGUCAGGGGCAUGUCUGCAGACAAGGAUGGGCUCGGCAUGCCUUGAGCCUUUGGCGUCUUGUUCCUUGACAUCACGAAAGCUGGGUUACGGUACCUUACCGCUUACAGGCUCCAAGCUAACUAGCUACAUUGUAAUGUUGGACUAGGGUUGAAUGUACAUAAGAAUUAUAUAAAAAUGGUGCAUAUGGGGAGUAUAUGGGAGAUACAAGACAAUAUGUAAAAACCCCUCUGUAGAGACAGCCAACAAUUUAACUAGUAAUUAUGAUAUAUAAUUUAGUAAGCAAAUCCUUUUUUAAGGGUCCAUUCCGGUGUUUUCUAAAUUAAUUUAUAAAGAUCUUUGUAAAGAUUUAUUAAGUGUUGUGCCUGUCAAGCAGAAUAUCCACACAUUAAUGUAACAUACAUGAAAUAUCUUUAAGCCUGGACUAAUGGGUUGGCUAAUACAUUUCCUUACAGAGUCAGGACCAGAACUUGUGGGAUAUUGUUACCUUCCUAAAGCCAUAGAAAAGCAUAUGUAUGUGUCUUGGCCUUAUGAUUAUGCUGCUGGUCUAUGAAUGAGGCAAGAUACAGCCUCACAAAAUGUCUUAAAAACGCAUUGGGAAUUUUUCUUUCCACAUUAUUUAAUUGAAUUUAUGUUCAUUUUCCAUAGAAGUUCCACAACAUUUCCAUUCCAUGAAGUGUGCCCCAGCAUAUCAUUGUAAAGCUAUAUUGUUUCUUAGUUAAUCCUGAACAGAGAUGUAGACAAAACACGGCCUAUAAACUCUAAAUGCUUUCAUGGUUCAGCAAAAAGGUAGUGACGGCAUGAUCAUGAGUAUUUCUGCAAAGUGUUGUUUCCAGGGAAAUGUCUCUAAGGCAACAGCUGCACAGUAGACUUGUAAACCAAGCGUUUGGCUUGGCCCUGGGGCUACUUGCUGCUAUUGUAUGUAACAUUUGUCCCUGUCCCUUUGUCAUUAUGUAAGAUCACACACUUUAUAGAUUCCAUUCUUUAUUUCCACAUAAUGCUCUAUUUUGCACGUAAGUGAUAUCGCAUUGUUCCAGACUAUCUCCUGUUCAAUAACUUUGGUAUAUGUCAAAAAGAUAGGCUGAUUAUGUUUCAUUGAUGAUUUAAUAACAUAGCUUUGUCAAAUAAACAUAAAAAUACCCUCAA